UUGAGCAACAGAAACGUCACGUGGGAGUCAACUAUGACAGAAUGGCUGAUGAACGAGAGGAUAAUAAACCAGAGGAACUCGUCAAUGUCGAGGGGAAAUCCUCAAAAAAAAUUUUUGAUGAUUCUGAGCAUGUUCUGAGGAAACGACCGCCUUAUGUCUUCCCCAAGAGGAGCAAAGACGUUUAUGCCACGAAUAAAACCGCUUUCAAGGCACAAUUAAAUAUCUGUGAGAAAUUGCUAGAUGGAGGAGAGCCAGAGAUUAUAAUUCAUGGAUUAGGAGCUGCCAUCAAUCGAGCGUGCAAUCUAGCUCUUCAACUCAAGAAAAAUUCCAGUGGCACAUUAGAUAUUGAUACACGAACAUCAACAGUCCAUCUCAUUGACGACCUCGAGCCAUUGAAGGAUGAUGUAGACUGUGAAGUGAACAGUCGCAACAACUCCGCAAUCCACAUAAGAGUAUUUCGAACAGUGAAUAUAGGUCCUCUAAAAUAUGCCUAAGGAAUCCUGAAAAUCCUGAAGAAAGCUUCCACCCAUUAUUGCACAGAGUAUGUCUUCCCUCUGAUUUCCAGUGAUAUAAAAUACCCAAAGAAUGAU